GGCGGGCCCCUGGUUGCGGGGUGUGCGGGACUCGCGGCGCGCAGGCGCCCUGGGGACCCGGUAGCGGCGGCGGCGGUGGCUUCGGCGACGGCAGUGGCGAAAGGGAGCCGGGUCUUGGGCCGCAGCGGGAGUCGGUGGCGGCGGCCAUGGCAGCAGAUGGAGAGCGAUCACCGCUGCUCUCCGACCCCGUCGACGGUGGUGCCGGCGGCAAUGGAUUAGUAGGGCCGGGCGGGAGCGGGGCUGCGCCCGGGGGAGGCCUGACCCCCUCCGCACCACCUUACGAAGCCGGUAAACAUGCCCCGCCCCAGGCGUUUCCCCCCUUCCCCCAGGGGCACCCAGCCGUGUUGCCUGGGGAGGACCCACCCCCUUACUCGCCCCUGACCAGCCCGGACAGUGGGAGUGCCCCCAUGAUCACUUGCCGAGUCUGCCAGUCUCUCAUCAAUGUGGAAGGCAAGAUGCAUCAGCAUGUCGUCAAAUGUGGCGUCUGCAAUGAAGCCACUCCAAUCAAGAAUGCACCCCCUGGGAAAAAAUAUGUCCGAUGCCCCUGUAACUGUCUCCUUAUAUGCAAAGUGACUUCCCAACGGAUUGCCUGCCCUCGGCCCUACUGCAAAAGAAUCAUCAAUCUGGGGCCUGUUCACCCGGGACCUCUGAGUCCAGAUCCGCAACCAAUGGGUGUCAGAGUUAUCUGUGGACAUUGCAAGAAUACUUUUCUGUGGACAGAGUUCACAGACCGAACCUUGGCCCGUUGCCCACACUGCAGGAAAGUGUCCUCUAUUGGGCGCAGAUAUCCACGGAAGAGAUGUGUCUGUUGCUUCUUGCUGGGCUUACUCUUGGCGGUCACUGCUACUGGCCUUGCUUUUGGCACAUGGAAACAUGCGCUGCGAUACGGAGGCAUCUAUGCAGCCUGGGCAUUUGUCAUCCUGUUGGCUGUGCUGUGUUUGGGCCGGGCCCUCUAUUGGGCCUGUAUGAAGGUCAGCCACCCUGUCCAGAACUACUCCUGAGCCUGAUGACCCGCAGACUGUGCUUGGCCUCUCCGUGGUGGGGACUGUGACACUACAAAGGGAGCCGUGGUGAAAGGUUCCCUGGGCUCCUCUAAGGGGAGCCAAGCAGCUGCCUGCCUUUUCCUGGGGAGAGGUGGGAAGGCACCAGGCCUGCAUCUAGGUUUGGGAAGGUAGAAAAGACUACUACUGGCCCUCUGCUUUCCUCCAAGGGUUGCUGUGUUUAGGGUGAAAUAGGUGAAGUGUUGCCCCUAAACUUGGAUGCUGAAAAGACGGUUUUAGACUCGUCCUUCCUGUAUGCUCCCUGAGCCAUUCCCGUCCCUUACACAUUCCAGGGCAUGGUGGGGGUGGGUAGCCCUGGGGGUUUCCCUCCUUCUUGUGCACCAUUAGGACCUUGCUGCUGCUAUUGCACUUCUCCAGGGGCUGGCUCUGGCCUUGGUACCCUCAGUCUCCUCUCCCCCCCAUUCUGUGUCCUGUGGGGGUGGGGUCAGCUGCUGCUCUGUACAGAACCACUGGAACUUACAUGUAUAUAACUAUUUAAUGUGGGGUAUGUUCCCCUAGUCCCGGGUCUGUGAAUUCCUCCUUCCAACCUUGACACCCGCUAACUGGACUGGGUCCCGGGGUUGUGGUCUUGGGGGAGGUAGGGACUUCUCUGUGCUUGUAAAUAAAUAAGGUCAUGACUCUA